AGUCAGAACUAUAACAAAAUUUUCUUUAUUAGGUCCAACCAUUCGCGCGAUCUCGAUCCAGACGCAGCGUUUCACCAUUCCCGCGACCUUCAACUCCGAGUCAGUUAUUCCUCACUCUGCUCACAAAAACCUCGAUUCCGCAGGUUCAGGGUUUCAGAUCUCACACUCGUGGAGGUGGUUAUGCUAUUCUAGAAUUCGAAUUUUGGGAAUUUUAGGGUUUUGGAAGAAUGCAUGCGAAAGCGGCACAAUCGUCGUUUCGGGACCGAACGCACGAGUUUCAGAGUGUAGCGGAGAGGCUAAAGAAGUCGUUCUCAUCAGGGCCGGCGCAGAAUGGGCCGAGUAGUGGAUUGAAAUCGAAAUCCGAGGAGCAGCGUUCUGCGGUUGCUAUUCAGUCGGAGUUCAAUAAGAGGGCCUCCAAAAUCGGGUAUGGGAUACAUCAGACGUCGCAGAAACUUGGAAAGCUGACAAAGUUGGCAAAGAGGACUUCCGUGUUUGACGAUCCUACAAGGGAAAUUCAGGAGCUGACAGCAGUUAUCAAGCAAGAUAUUACUGCCCUUAACUCUGCAGUGGUGGACCUUCAGCAUCUAUCUAACUCCAGAAAUCAAAGUGGGAAUAUUUCUAGUGACACGAGUAGUCAUUCAACCACAGUUGUUGAUGACCUGAAAAAUCGGCUGAUGAGCGCCACAAAAGAGUUUAAAGAAGUGCUCACCAUGAGAACUGAGAAUUUGAAGGUUCAUGAGAAUAGAAGACAAUUGUUUUCUGCAACUGCAUCUAAGGAUGCUGCAAAUCCCUUUGUUCGUCAACGUCCACUGGCUGCCAGGUCAGCUGCUAGUUCUUCAAGUGCUUCUCCUCCUCCAUGGGCUGGAUCACCCUCUUCAUCACAGGCGUUCCCCAAGAAGCAGAUGGAUGGGGAGAGUCAGCCAUUGCUCCAGCAGCAACAGGAGCUGGUUCCGGUGCAAGACAGUUACAUGCAAAGCAGAGCUGAAGCUUUGCAAAAUGUUGAAUCCACUAUUCAUGAGUUGAGCAAUAUUUUCAACCAGCUUGCGACCUUGGUUUCCCAGCAAGGGGAGGUUGCGAUAAGAAUUGAUGAAAACAUGGAAGACACAUUAGCGAACGUAGAGGGCGCACAAGGGGCAUUGCUCAAGUAUCUGAAUAGCAUAUCAUCUAACAGGUGGCUGAUGAUCAAGAUAUUCUUUAUACUAAUAUUUUUCCUCAUGGUUUUCCUAUUUUUUGUGGCAUAGUCAUUUGCAGAGAGAGAGAGAGAGAGAGAGAGAGAGAGAGAGAGCUGAAAAGGAAGAAAAUGACAAUGAUUUUUAGUAAGUUACUGUCGAUAGAGCCCUUUGCAUUCUAUUCACGUCUCUUUUUGCUUCUUCGAAUGUUCACGCGGGCAUAAACAAGAUAAGUACGGGGGUUUUCCUAUUGUAGUAUAUGUGUUGGGGAUACAUGUAACUGUAAAAUUUGUUGAGAACAUUGUGAUCUGCUCCGUGAGUCUGAUCGUUUUUGUAUUGUGCUUUCUUAAUGAAGUAGUGAUUAGGGAUAAACUUUAGUAGGGCUGCCUGUUUACCGACGUGCACAAAGACAAAUCCAAGUCAUCCGAAUAUGAUGUUUUCAGUCUCUCUUGUAUGUUGCGUUUAACUGCAUUUAUAUUAUGAAAUUCAGAUUUUUUUA